CAAACUGCUGUGAUUUUAUUUGGUUUUGGCGGUAAUUUGCAGUUUGUUUUAUGGCAUGAUAUAAAAUGCGUUGUUCGGAUUGGGGGCGUGUCUCCAAGCGCGAUCCGUAGGAAACAUUCCUUUUCCAGGGAUAUUUUUAUUACAUAAAUUAGUAACGUUGAUCCCCUAACCGCCUGUCUCUUGGUAGUGUGGAUUAGACUGCAUUCACAACAUGUGAGUUCGUAUUGACUCUAUCUGUGAGGGUUUUAAGCUGUAGCAGCGCGCUUUCAGUUCUCCUUUCCACUGAAGCUGAACGGGCCCCGUCUCGUCUCAUAAUAUCCUCAAACAUGGAGCACGCCGGCUGCGUCAACAUCUGCAGUCUCACCAGCACCUUACCGGUGAUCCCGUACCGGAAACUAACGGACCUGCACUACAUCAGUAAAGGCGGCUUCGGGACCGUGUUCAGGGCGCAGCACAGCGACUGGCGCACCACGGUGGCGAUCAAGUGCUUGAAACUGGAUUCACCGGUUGGUGAGAGGGAGAGAAACUGUUUAUUGAAGGAAGCUGAGGUGCUUCACAAAGCUCGAUUUAACCACAUCAUCCAGAUCUUUGGGGUUUGUAAUGAGCCCGAGUUCUUCUGCAUUGUGACUGAGUACAUGACCAACGGAUCACUGGACGAGCUCCUGCAUGAGAAAGAUAUGUACCCAGCGGUGGCCUGGCCAUUGAGGCUGCGUAUUCUUUAUGAGAUCGCUUUAGGAGUUAACUUCCUUCACAACAUGACACCACCCCUUCUGCACCAUGACCUUAAAACUCAGAACAUCCUGAUGGAUGGGGAGUACCAUGUUAAGAUCGCUGAUUUUGGCUUAUCUAAAUGGCGCCAGCUCUCGAUCACUAAAGGGUCCAGCUCCAAACCUGCCGAAAUGGGAGGCACGGUCAUCUAUAUGCCACCUGAGGAGUACGAACCUUCCAAAAACCGCAGAGCUGAUGUCAAAUAUGACAUGUACAGUUACGCCAUCAUCAUGUGGGAAGUGCUUUCAAGACGGAUACCGUAUGAAGAGGCUACCAAUCCCAUGCAGAUCAUGUUCAGCGUUCUCCGUGGAUCGCGACCCGACACGGGCCUGGACAGUCUGUCAGCAGACAUCCCCAGCCGAGAGACCCUCAUUAACCUCAUGACCUGCGGCUGGACCGCCAACCCAGAUGAACGGCCCUCCUUUCUCAAUUGUCUUAUUGAACUGGAGCCCAUGAUGAGAAGAUUUGAUGAGAUUGAUUUCUUGGAAGCAGUGUUGGAAGUCAAACGAAGUAAGUAUAUGAGGCCAUCAAGCUGUUGCUCAUCGACUCAAAAAAUUCAGGAAAAGAUUGUGAAGGAACCAAAUGUCCCUUGGCCAGACAACAGUUCAACAUCUGGAUCAGGAUCCUGCUCUUCCCAGGAAGCAGAAAUGUCCCAUCCAGGCUUCCUUACCAUAUCAAAUCCCUCUCAAGCAGGUGUGUCAGGUGCUCAGGCUGGUCCACAGGCAUCAUUAAUUUCCCUUCCACUUGAUCCUCCAAAGCCUCUUGUGGACCACUGCUCUCGGAACAACCUCAGUCCCGAAUACCAGACGGCGCAGCCUGUGUCCGACAUCAACAUACCUUUUAAACCACGUGCGCCUCAGAGUGAAAUUGACCUGGCUCUUGCCAUACAACCCCUCACACUGCAGCCACACCCACAAGAUUUUGUCACAGCAUCGGACACUCAAGGACCGGCGACUCGCUGGAUUGCUUCCCGAAGGGAGGAAAUCGUGCGGCAGAUGACGGAGGCAUGUCUCAAUCAGAGUUUAGACGCUCUGUUGUCCCGUGAGCUGCUGAUGCGCGAGGACUAUGAACUGGUCGUGAACCAGCCCACGCGUACCGCCAAAGUGCGGAAGCUUCUGGAUACCUGCGAGCGGCAUAGCGAGGACUUCUGCCGCGUGGUGGUGCGGAAGCUCCAGGACAACAAACAGAUGGGCCUGCAUCCCUACCCCGACCUCAGCACCACCAGCCCUCCGCCGCCACCUUAUACAGCCCCCAGUGCCCCCUUCCUCUCCAACUCCUUCAACAUAAGAAACUUCUGACCUUCUCCCAGCUCCCAAUCACUGCUCUUGAACCGGAGCUCUGUGAGUCCUUCUUUCAGUUAAGGAUGGUUCCUAUUCACACGCUCUUACAUUUGUUUGUGCUGCUUGGCCAAAACUUUGUGUGCCUGGACAAGUGCUUUUGCCCCUGUGGUUAAGGUGUUGGUGCCUAGUACACACUUUUUAUGGUAUCAACUUGAACACAUCGUACAAGGCCGACUUUGGUGAAAUAAUCACUCGGCUUGUGUUGGACGUAAUGCCAAAAUCCUUGAUGAAAGGGACGAAAAUUUAAGCAGUACGGCAGUUUGACCUUGUCACGUUUAAACCUUUAUUCCAGCCAUCAAAAGAAUCUGGUUGCUGCUACUUGGAAAGCAGUGAAACGCCUAAGCAAUUGAUCCUGCACUUUUUUCAUGCCAGGGAACUUGGUAAAAUAGACUUGAGGCAAAGUUAUGAGUGGAAACAAACCUUCCUGUAAUGCCAAGUAACUUCCAUAUUACUGCACAGUUACAUGUCUGAACUUGAUGAAAAUUCAUGUGAAUCGUUGGUUUCGUUCUUCCUUGUUUCCCACAGUGGCUGUUCAUGGUUUCGCUUUGUGUUGAAUGUGGUGUUAGGGUUGGUGGACAGAUGCAGACCUUAGUCAGGGUAGAUACAGUUAAGGCUUUGAUGGGUUGAAAGUUUCAUUGUAUUCAGUGGGCUCAGUCAACAAAUAUUUCUUGAGAAUUAGACAUUAUCUUGAACAUUACUUUUUGAACAGAUGGUAUGUUGCAUACUGUGUAUCAUGGCCCUUUUUCCUUUGUAUCUCUUUAAAUAAGAAAUUUGAAAUAAAGUCCAUUGGCACACCAGUGGUUUAAUGGUUGGGCCAUGCAGAGAUAGUUCAUCCCUUUUCAAACCUAUUUGACUUUCUUUUGAAUAAUGUUUUAUCAGUGGGGUCCAGUGUCCAUUGGUUUUGGACCCCGUUGACUUAUUGUACAAAAACAGUCUUCAGAAGAAACAAACAACAAAGUGGCAAAAGGUUAGCUUUGACAUGUUUGGAUUUUUGUGGUCUUUUGACAAAUUAGUAAAAUUAUUAUUAUUAUUUGCCGAACUGGCAGUGACAGACUCAACAAUUCAAGCUCUUUGCCUGACUGUUUUUUCAAAUGAGCCAAUCAGAUGUCAUUCUUUCCUUGAUGACUACUGUAGCAUCCUCUUCAUAAGCAAUAUUACACAUUUGAUGAAGCAGAAUAAAUCCAGGCUGAAUAGGGUAGCACAGUAGGGUCUAUAAUGAUGGAGUUUACACAAACUGGCUGAAGCCAACUUUACUUCCAAGCUUUUUCUUCUUUUAUGUUUUUGUUGUUCUCAAAUGGCCACUGAACAAAAAAAAUAAAGGCAACUGUGACUUUUUAUCUAAAAAUUCUGACUUUUUUCUUGCAAUUUGUGAGUUUACAUCUUUCGAUUCUGACCUUUUUUUCUCCGAAUUGUGAGAGAUAAUCUUACAAAGUAACAAAGUCAGAAUUGUGAGAACUGCGUGAUUUAAACUCACAAUUGCAAGGUCAGAAAAAUUCAGAAUUGUGAGAAACCUACAGUUUAUAUCCCACAAUUGUGAGAACAUAUCAGUCUUUUUCGGUUGCACUUUAUUUUACAGUACGUGUACUAACAUGUACUUAUAGUGUACUUACAGCGUAUUUAUCUAAGAAAGUUCUGGAAAUACAAGGUAAAUACAUGGGGUGGGGUAGGUUCAGGGUUAGUACCUAGUUAUUACAUAGUUAUUAUAAUUACUAUAAUAAGUACAUGGGGAACAGGACUGUAAAAUAAAGUGCUACCCUUUUUUCCCCUCAAAAUUAGGACUUUAAUAACUUCUUUAAUUAGGACUAUCUCACAAUUCUCAGAAGAAAGUCGGCAUUGCGAGUUUGUCAUGCAAUCCUGAGGAAAAAAGUUAGAAUUGUGAGAUAAAACAGUUGAAUGCGGACCUGGGUUGUUCACACUUCAGCUUAGAUAAGGGUCUUGGAUAAGUUAUUUCUUAGUAAGUUUUGUGCCAUCUACAGUAUGUAGCCUAGUUUGCACUGGUUAUCAUUGACUCCAGAUGUAGCAGCAGACAGAGGAUAGUUUACAGCACUUUUAAUACAUAAAAGCAUGAGGCAACUGUAUUGAAUAUACUGAUGUUUACAUCCCAUCUGCAUAGAUUUUAAGAAAUGCUACUAGCAAGACGCUUUUAUCAAGGAACAAAUAGACAACACAAGUGCUUCUGUUUACACAACCGUCAUCCAUUUAGACCAGCAGUUUUUGGCCAUGUUCAAAGUUUUGAUCUCCAAUGUUAAUUAUGCUUCCUAUGUUUUAAGUUUGAAGUUCUUUAGAAACAAAACCAAAGGGAAUGCCUGAAGCUAGCACUGAAAACAUCGGCUCUACUGAUCUUUAAGCAGAAAACAAACUGGAAUUAAUGCUGAAUUAAAUUUGUGCUAAUGCUUUGAUCUUUUUUGCCUGACGGAUGAGCCAGUCACGUACUUGAUUAAAUGAGACAUUUGAGAAGUGUUUUGCUAUGUUUUCUCUUUUGUGUGUGUGUGUGUGUGUGUGUGUGUUUUCAGGCAUUGAAUUCCUGUGCCGGUGGGUAUUGCAUGUGUCUGUGCUAUAGACUUCCCGUCUGUGCAAACAGACAUAGUUUUAGACGCCUUAUAUCAUUACAGAGGUGAUGUAUUUUGCUUAGAUUGAUUAUGUGAGUCCCCUGGAAUUGGUUGUUUUAAGUUUCCUUCUCUAAAUCAGUCAUGCUGUAGUUUUGGUUUUAAUUUCGGUGCAUGUCGGAAACCCGUCUUGCUGUUAGUGUUUGAUGUUAUUGACUGGUUAUCAAUGCAAGAACCUGAUUUUUAGUUAUUUAAAAAAUUUUGAGCAGAAAGGAACAGCCUUUUUAUUACAGAUUUUUAUGUUGGCUGUCCAGGGUUCGGGACCAUUUACAAUAUAAAGAGUAUUUGUGGUCUGUUAUAGUUUUGUAUUUAUUUAUAGAGUUUCCUGGUGAUCAUUUACAUGCAUCGUAAGUUGUUUGUAACGUUCUGUAUAUAGUUUUGAAAAUAUCACUUGCUUUAGAUUAUUCAGAGGCUGAAUAUACUUUAGCACUCAUCUUAGCAAUAUAUCAGACAAAUACUGAAUUGCCAAAUUAGGUCUGGAUGCACAAAUGUUGCCUUUUUGUUCAUAUCACAUUUUAAUUGACACAGGCAAUGACUACAAUUGAUAUAAAUGUUCUUUUUUUGUAUUGCCUUGAAGCUCUCAGAAGUAAGAUCUACAUGUCUUGUAAUCUAAUAUAAAAUGAAAAUAAUGUAGAGCACAUGUAGCAGUGUACAAGUAGCAUACAUCUGUGCUCUGGUACUGUGUGAGGAACUUCCACAAAUCUGGUCAACUUUGAAGUGUUAUUAAAAUGUGUUAGAAUUUCCUGAA